GAAAAAAAAAAAUAAAAAGUCAGAAGUGUAAAGAGAGAAAAAAACACAAUAUGACGUCAUUAUCGUGUGGAGUAGAUGCUUUGCUACGAGCAGCUCAAUAUCUCCAAUAUCUUGAAGAACAAGAGUCUGGACAGCAGCUGUAUCGACCGAUUGUUUUAGAGAAUCCGCCUAUGUCAACAGAAAUUAAAACACAUUUAAUAAUAAGAAAAAAAAGAAAGAGAAUUAAACAAAAACCUCCUUUCCAUCGAGUCAUGAACAAACCAAAUCAAGUUCUUAAUAAUUAUUACAAUGAAGCUUCAUUACGUACGAAAUUAUCUUUUCGCGCAAUUCGAGAAACUAACAAUGCCUUGUCAUCUAUAAAUUCUACUUCAAUUUACACAAAUCACAGUCAUCUUACAGCAACUGCCUCUUAUCUUGUUACAUCCUUAACUGAUAAUGGUAUUUGCGAUGGUAUGAACAGUUGUCAUUUAACUGAAUCUUGGGCAAAUUACAUAAAUCAACAUGCAAAUCUACCAUUAAGUCAAAUUUCAAGUCACAUACCGAUUUUGAAUUCCUACAUUCCAUUUCAUUCAACAUCGCUAGAACUACAGCAUUCUCCGCCUACAAAUUCAUGUCAUUUGAACCAACAUUCACAACAUAAUCAUCAAAAUUAUUACUUUUAUAAAAAUUAUUUGGAGAGCAUUUACACCUCACUCAAUCAUUAUAAGUAUGCCAAAAUGACUGAAGAAUCCAAAUCUGAUACUCAUCCGCAGCAGUGUCUUAUGAGAGAUGAAUUUUCUCGACAUAUCAAACUCGACUUUGAACAGACUAUGAAAAAGGAAACAGAAGACUCAUAUGAAAAUGAUAAGACGCCGCAAAAUGACGACAGUAAUGUGAAUGCCAUUGAACCUGAUUUUAAUCAAAAAGCUAAAACAUGUAUCAAGUUUCAAGAUCGAAACAAAAAGCUUGAUUUCAAAAUAAACUUUCGUGAUGAAAAUCGAAAAGUUAAUGGAUGUUUUUACGACUCAGAAUCUAUAUCGCCAGGAAGUCGUGAAAGUACAAUGAAUGUGUCAUUUGCACCACCUAAGAAGAAGUGGCUUAAAACGCAUUACAUGUCUUCGAAAUCAGAUGACUUGAAACCUGUGGAAACAGUCUCGUCUCCAACACCGUCAUUAGUAGUUAUCUCACGUCCAUCUGUAAAUUUUAAUCCACAAUCAGUGUCUAUUGAUUUAUCAAAAACUACAGGAAAUUCAAUUCCAUUAUCAACAUUAUCAAACGGAACAAAUAGUAUCACAAUUUAUAAUAUUGAUGAGUCACAGACGAGCUUGAAUUUAAGUACAGAAUCAAGUGGAUAUGUUAGCAAUAGUACGACAUCCAGUCUUGGUAAUGUUAGUCUUAAUCAAAGUGUAACAAAUGGCGAUGAGAUGGAGGUGGAUAUUAAGAGCAUACCAAUAACAGCACCCACAACAUUGGUCUUAGAUCAAAGGAUACCAGCGUUGCAAACACAAACAUUUUGUGCACUGCCGAUGCCACAAUCAUCAUCGUCAUCAUCAUCAGUUGGAAGGAGGAGAACGAUUAGUUCGAAUAGCAACAGUAGUGCUCUUAGAAGUCCAUCAACCGUUCGUGCUGGAACACGUGAGGUACAUAAUAAAUUGGAGAAAAAUCGACGUGCACAUCUGAAAGAGUGUUUUGAGUCACUCAAAAGGCAAUUACCUGUCACUGCCGAUGAGAAAAAGACAUCAAAUUUAUCAAUUUUAGGAGCAGCAAUUAGACAUAUUCAAUUUCUUAAACGAAAAGAACGGGAGUAUGAGCACGAAAUGGAGAGGCUGGCCAAGGAGAAAAUAGCUGCACAAAAUCGCAUACUCUUUUUGAAACGUGAACUUGCACAAUGGGAUGUGGAUUUCUCGAAAAUCUUACCAGAACAAACGGAUAUAAAUGCUGUGAAAUCAGAGAGAAGUGAAUCCGAAUCAUCGAUCAAAAACGGUAUGCUGUAUAAUCCUUCAACAUCAUUGUCUACAAUAAAUGCAUCUAGUUCACCCUCUAAUGCCUCUGCAACAAAUAUUACAAACAAUGUCGUUAAUGGCAGUGCAGUAUCACCACCACCACGAAUUACAACACUAGUAAACUCACCAGCAAUCAAUUCAGUAACUCCACUUUCUUUAACAACAAAAGAUGAAGCACCAUCGCCAACAAACUUAUCAAUAAAUCCUGUAAAAAUUUCUGCAAAAUCUUCAUUAAUCAACUCUUCAAUUCCAACUUCACUGAUUGGAAAUGGCAGUUCGAUACCCGCCACAUUAAGCUUGAAGACAAAUGAUAGUCCAGUUUGUCAGACAAUGCCAUUGAAUCUUAAUGCAAAUGCAUCAAUUUCGACAAUAUCACAACCACUAAAUGGUCUUAAAAAUGGGUUCAAAACUUACAACAGUAAAGAGACGAAAGGAACUAAAUCAUCAUCUCCUAUCAUAACAAAUCUUCCUUCAGUUCCAGCCUGCAUUACACCAACUCAACUAACCAAUAAUUCGUUAAAUUCAAAAAUCGAUCAAAAUGAUCCUCCAACGAAACUGAUAAAGCUUAUAAAUGGAAGUGCGAUUCUUGCACCUGUAGAUAAAGAUAAUAAAAUGAUACAUUCCGGUCAACUUACACUUCAGCAGGUCGUUGGAGGAAGCAGUCUUGUCGUAAGUCCUACAAUUCAACUUCUCACCUCACCGCAAGGUUUCAAAGUAAUUAAUCAACCAAAUGGUCUUACAACAAUCGAAUUAAGUCCGCAAAUUAAUGGACAACAAUCAACCAUACAGCAACAGCAUCGGCCUACCCAUCAAAAUUCACAACCGGGAAAUUUGCAGAAAUUAUUAUUAAAUGGAAAUGGAACGUCAACAACAAAUAUCAAUACCAUUAGCAUUCCAACACUCACCCAACACACUAACGGUGGUACAAAUCAUCGGUUAGCGCCUGGCGGUGCUGAAUUAAAUCUCUUACCAUCGAAUAGUACAACAUCUAAUGGUGCCAUUUAUAGAAAUCAGGGGAAAUUAAUCGUUAAAGAAACAAAUAACUCUAGUCGCGUCCAUGUUGUUCAAUCAACACCAGCUUUAGUUGUAACUCAACCACAAAAUAAUACGACAAUGACACACAUCAUUACAUCAUCUUCUCAAUAUGCUGGAAAGGUGAGAGAAAUACAAUGCUUCAUCAGCAGCCAACAGCACAACAAUAUCUGAGCGCAACAACAGUAAAGCCAAUGCUUGUCGUAAAUCACAAUGGAAAUGGGAGUCCAACAAGUGAAGCUGGAAAGAACUAAACAUAAUGUAUCUAUAGUCUGAAUUUAUUCACGGUUUUAAGAAGAAGAAAAAAUUGGAAAGGAUGAAGAUGCUUUUUAUAAACAAUACAAGGGAUAAGAAAAAGAAGAAAAACAACAAAAUAUGUUUAACAAUAAUUUAAAAAAUAUUUUAUUAGUAAUUAUGGCAAAAAUGAAAUAUCUUUCAAUUUAUUAAUGCAGUUUAUGAGAUCAGAAAUUGAAAAAUAUCGUAAUUGGAUAAUUAGUGUUUCUGUGGACAAAGUUGAAAGAUAUGAAAAAGUGUUAUGGGAUAGAUUUUUACAAUGAAGACAAUAGAUGGAUGGCAUUAGUGAUUUAAUUAUUUUAUGUAUAAAAGCAUGCAUAUUGAAUGAUUGACAUUUUCUACAACAAAAAUACUUCUUUUGUGUAUAUAAUUAAAAACCAGAGAAUAUUUUAUUCAUUUAUCAUGCAAUGUGGGUGAUUAAAAUCAGUCACACAAAAGAAAUGGAAGAAAAAUAUGAUAAAAAAUUAUUUUUUUAAAACUCAGACAACCACACACAUCGCGCCAAUAAAUAUUUAUUUCUGUCAUAAUUUGCUGAAUUUUUCUAGUUGAUGGAUAAGGCAAACAAAUAAGUCACAGUUGACAGGGGUUGGAUGUGCAUUAUUUUCUGCAAAAUAUCAAUCUGUCAUCGAAUUUAUUAAAUUUGAAUUUUUAUGCUCCAUUAAGUUUCUGGAAUUAAAUCAUUUUUGGUUCCUUAAUAUUUUCUAAUUUACCACAACGAAUUUUAAAAGCUGUUGUUUUGGAAUCUUGCUAAAAUCUAAUCCUUAAAAAUUGUUUUCUCGAAAAACUGAGACUGAAAAGUCAUAAUUUAAAUUUAGGUUUUGGCGUACUUAUUGAACAGAGUUCCUAGAUAUUUUUUAAAAAUACUCAAAAUUGUUGUAAAAUUCGAGAUAAAUAAUGUUUAAGAUCAUAAUCGAGUGAUUAAACUGCUGACAUCUAGUUUUAUCUUAAAUUUUGGAUUAGUAAAUUUCAACAACUCUUCAAGUCAUAUGCAGAUUCAAACAAUUCAUCCAAAGUAGCAACAAUAAAUGUCUUUAAUUUGCAAAAUGCUUAAAAAUGUCAAACUUUCAAAGGAAGAGAUGUAAAAGAGAACAGAUAGGUCCAUUUCAAAUAAUAAUAUACAAAGCUAAGUUAAAUGUUUAAAAAAUGAGUAGUUGCAAAAAAAAGGAUAUUGAAAUAAACAAAAAUAUUCGGUGUGAUAAUACAUAUUACAGUGCUUUUUAAAAACUUUCUGCUAAUGCAUCAAAUACAUUAAUUUUAUUGGAUAUGAUUGGAUAAAUAUGUUUUAAUCUCGGACGGCAUUUCAUGAAUAUUCAGCACGCUUUUAAUGAAUCCUUUGCAAAAGAUUUUUAAAAAGAAUUUAUCAAAGUUUGAUUUUAAACAUCCGAGAUUGCGAUUAUAUUUAUAGCCAACGGGGUUUUUCACUUAUUGAGCUAUCAAAUUGAGAUGCAGGAUUGAUUUUGUAUUCCAAUUUUUGAGUUCAAUAAACUGUUUUUCAACCCUUAAUAAGUGAAGCACCCCAAAUUCAUUAAGAUUAAAAUGCAUUAUAAUAAUAUUAAUCAUAAUUGAGAUAAGGAAUGAGAAAAUCAUUAUUUCAAUGUCUCUUUUUAAUUCAGAAAAAUGGUAUAAGAAAUAUCAAUAAUGUGUAACUAGCAGAAUCAGUGUAAAAUUAUCGAAAUCAAAAAUCUAUUUAAAUAAAAAUUAUUCAGAAUAAAAGAAAAACAAAAAAAAAGUACUACCGACACAUCCGAAAAGAGGAAAUCAAAGAGAGUGAAAUAAAAUCAUAUUCGGAUCGAAUCAGUAACAAUCAGGAAGCAAAAAGUUCAAAUUGGGUGAUAUAAAAAAAAACAAAAAAAAAAUCUUUUAAUUUUGCAAAGAGAAUCAAAGUGAAAAUAAAAAAGAUUAAAUGAAUAAUUUAAUUAAGUAAUUUAUUUCAUCUUUGCACUGUAAGAACUUGUACAUAAAAGUUUAUAUAAAUCUAUUUUUAGCAAUUGAUUUUAAGUUUCUCAUGAAAACAAUUGAUAAAUAGCGGCUUAAACUAUUUAUUUAAGGCACUUUUAGGAAAUGUAAAUUAAUUAUUAUUAUGUAUUAUUAUUACAAAAAUAAAAAUGUAUUAAAUUCG